AUGGACUUUGGCCACUUUUUGAAGCAGAUCAACGAAGAAGCCGAUCCCGGAGAGCUGGCCGACGAGAGCAGUUCUUCCGAUGAUCCGGGCGAUGAGGAGGACGUGACUGACGUGAGUUCAACUGCUUUCACGUGCUGCCACGCGUCACCAGCUCAUUCUUUUGACACAUUUUUAAAGUUGAAAAGAUAACAGUUUGAUGCAGCGGUCGCCCUUUUAGGUCUUCGAAGUAUUAACUAACGCAUGACUCCUGCGAAGAAGACCUUAUCAGUCUGACUCUACCGUAAUAAAAUUGGGAGAAAUCGGCAACAUUUACAACCAGCACUUUACUUUUCUUUACUUUAGUCUCCAUUCUCUUACCAGUUGAAGUUUGAUGGGUGCGCGCGUUGCCCGUAAAAUGGUCCAUCUCGUCGGCCACAAGUGUUUAUAUCAGCAGUCAGAGAUGCGGUUUCGUCCCCCGCUCCCGUCGCUCUUCCCGCCCACUCCUGCGUGCCUUCUUCAGUCCGCGAUUCCUCUCUGUGCGCCCUUCACACCGUCUUAUCAGUGACAAAGUUAGUGUUCUUUUCCUUCUCGGGCAUCCCCCGAGAGAUGAUCCAUAUGCGUCACGCGGUCGCGAACUGUUCGAAAGGGGUUUCCCCGCCUGAUCGAGACGUUUUUUACAGUUCGUCUUUCAUCUAAUCAGUUGAUUGUGUCUGCGCAACAAGAUCGUGUGAUAAUAACUAGUAAUUGAAAGAUUAAGUCAGUUUUCUGAAGGCUGCAAUGUGGCGAGAAGAAAUGUGUUAUUCUCGCUGACUUUUCGUUCUUGUCUGCAAAAUUGCCGAUUUUCGCCAAUCUCUUGAGAAAUCCUGCAGUUGUUUCUUUUCUUUGCAAGAGCUUUCCUUUUGCCGCACAAUGGAGGCUACCCCGUAUCCGAACUGUGCCGAAUCAGAUCUGUUCGAAUCAGAACUGUCCCCGGUUAGAACCGGUCAAAGCAUGACUUCAUGUAACAAGAACCACCUGCCGAUCGGUUCUGAUCCGGGACAGUUCUGAUUCGAACAGUUCUGAUUCGACACAGUAUUGAUUCAAGGUAGCUUCCGCACAAGGGUUACUGUAGAAUUCAAAGGCGCAUGCAUGUUCUCGUAGUUGGUCUUACCACGAAAGACUUGUCAAGUCUGAGACCUCACCUCGCUUUUCUGUUUUUCCUCUCAUAAUCCACUUCAUAAAUUGUGAAAUUUCAGCCGCUGGAUACAUUCUGUCACUGCAAAUCGCCCAACAACAAUGAUGCUCGUAAAAUUUUAUAUUGCUCCGUCGGAACCGCUAAAAGUCGAGCAAACUCCGUUCGGAACCAAUGAUGCAAAAAUGUUCUUUUGCGAGAAGCCAUAUGUACGCAAAUAAAAAAGUAUGCGGCGAUUCGAGGCAAGGCGCAUGAACCUUGUGUCGUUGACCCGAGAGGCUAUCUGUUUCGAAAGGUCAUUUCAAUCAUUCAAAAAUAACUGUGCGACCUCUCAGUCAUAUCAGCGAUAUGCUUGCAAGGCGCCAACCGCAGACUAUUCGGUUGAUGGUGUCUGUCUCCGUUUCCUCAUUUCUUUGUUUUUCGAAGCCAUAUUUCAUCCCAAAGGGCCAUGCUCUUCAUGGCAGGCCGGUGUGGCGCGCACACAGCACUGACGGAAAAACUAUGAUCAUUAGAAUUGGUGAGGAAAAAGAGAAGGCGAGAGAGUGUGAAGGACAAGGGAACGCAGCGCCGGAGAGACAGACGAACGCGAGCCCUCUCUGCGCCCUCCGAAGCCUUCUCGGCCCUUCUAUUGGCGUCACUCUUCUCUGUUAGCACACGUGUCCCUUUUCCUCCCUUUUGUAAUUUCCGCUUUAGAUUUCUCACAGCCUUUAUCUUUCUUUUGUCCUCGCCGCCGAUUUCGAAACCGUUGGCAUCGCUUGUGAUCACAAAAGCACACAAAAGGUGAUGCCAUUUUUAGAAUAUGCGCACAGUUUUGUAUGCAAAUUUGUAUGAGAGUGUUUUGUAUAUAAAUCCUCUGUCUUAACUCUACGGUCCUUCUUCGUGGCGCCUCAAGACGACCUACCGUCUGCAAGAAUCGCUUCGCUCCCUCUCUUUUCUCGCCACGUGGCCAUGACGCAAAUUCAGCAGUCGGCUCUCCUGCCGUAAUUGUUACAAAGCAGAAGUUCAAAUACCCGACUCCUCCCCCGUAUCGUUUCUUUCCUAAUCCUCCUCCCACCGGUAUAAAUGCCCGUCUACUGAUUGCUCUCCCCUUUCUUUCUUCCUCGAAAUAGCACAUUGACUGCCCCCCUGAAUCAAUUGAGUCUUCAUUGCAGAAGCUGCCUACAACUACGCAAAUAACUGUGAAGAUGUCGAUGGUAGUGCCAGAGAAGGGCUGCAUCUUCGACGCGCUGCGAGUCGAUUCGAACGAUCCGAAUGAUUCUCUUCGCGACGAGUCGUUGAUUACUCCCAAGAUCGACGAAAAGAACUGUAUGCUCAUCUGCUCAUAAACUCUGUCAACAGUUGUAUUUUUCAGUGGAAUACAUCGGAGAAGUUCUCGAGAGAAAGAAGUCGGUAGUUCCGUUUCUGACUCAAACCAUCAAUCAACUAGCGCUUGUCCGCAACGAGAAAAUGGAACGGGCGGCUGACCUGAUCUGCACUCUCUUCCGCCUUCCGCACGGAUCCACCGACUGCUCAUUCUUCCGUCUGAUCAAGGUUCUCAAGUCGUUCGGAAUAUGGGAGAACGAUCCGCGUCUCAAGCAAAUGUUCGAUCGAAUGAAGAAGCACGACGAAGAGAACGAGGACUCGCGCCAGUGGGCCAUGUCGCAGGAGAAGUUUAAGGAGUUUGUAGCUCGUUCUUUGCUCAGACAAACAGUUUUCCUUUUGCAGAAUAAUCUUCCCGUGUACCAUUCUCAUCUCCCGCACUCUUCGCAAUCAACUGAUCAUCCCUUCGUGGCUGGAGUUCACCCAAAUCAUCGAGGAAGUGUUCGAAUCGUGUCGCUCGAUUAACGACGGUGAGGUCGCCUCCUACAUUCCUCAACUUGCCCGUCAGAGCCCGCACACUUGGGGAAUGUCGAUUUGCACAAUCGACGGACAACGCUUUUCGCUCGGUGACUCCAAGAAGAACUUCUGUCUUCAAAGCGUCUCCAAAGCGUUCAACUACGCCAUCGUCGCCUCGGAAAUAGGAAGUCACGUGCUUCACCAGUACGUGGGUCACGAGCCAAGCGGAAGGCUGUUCAACGAGAUCUGUCUCGAUUCGAAUAGUGAGUUUGCUCGAUCACAGUGAAAUGAUUCUGAUGUUUCUGUUCAGACAUGCCUCACAAUCCACUCAUCAAUGCUGGCGCGAUCGUUGUCACAUCGAUGAUCAAGCCAACGCAUUCGAUGGCCGACCGCUUUGACUUCAUGCUCAAGAAGUACCGUAAACUUGCCGGAGGUGGACACGUCGGCUUCGACAAUGCCACGUGAGAUUCUUAACGGAAGAAAAUAACGAACGAACAAAAUUAUACAGGUUCCUCUCGGAACGCGACACAGCCGAUCGAAACUACGCUCUCUCGUACUACAUGAAAGAAUAUCGUUGUUUCCCCGACGAAUCGCAGGUCUAUGAAAAGGCAAAGGUUUUUCUUUUCAGACCCGAUCUAGCUUUGAAACACCUCUUGGUUGUCUCAAUGUUACAGUAAUCCAAAUUGUGAUCGUCUACCGAUUCUCUCAUCCUUCCACUCUUAUUCGUUUCCCUCAGUGUCUAGUUUUGACUAACCAGUGUCUUCACCCGCACACAGAUACCCGCCAACCCCUCCUAACGUUCGAACAUUUUGACAGGGUCUCCGCGAGGAACUCGACCUCUACUUCCAACUGUGCUCACUGGAGACCAACUGCGACACGGCUGCAGUCAUGGCGGCCACGCUUGCCAACGGUGGAAUCUGUCCGCUGACGACGGAGAAGUGUCUCGGUUCCCGUCCAUGCCGUGACAUCCUUUCGCUCAUGUACUCGUGCGGAAUGUACGACUACUCUGGAAAAUUUGCGUUCCAGGUAACUCGAAUGAUUUCAGGCAGCUAACUGAAAUUGUUGUUUCUAGGUGGGACUCCCAGCCAAGUCAGGAGUGUCCGGAAUCAUGAUCGUGGUCAUUCCAAACGUGAUGGGAAUCGCCCUCUACUCUCCGCCACUCGAUAAGACCGGAAACUCGUGCCGUGGAGUCGCCUUCUGUCGCCAGCUGAUUGACAAGUUCAACUUCCACAACUACGACUCGCUGCUCCAUCCAGAUGACUCUCGCAAGCUCGAUCCUCGUCGAAAAAUUGGACCGCGCGAGAACGAGACCAUUGUUCAAGUGAUGUAUGCUGCCAAAAACGGCGAUUUGGACUCGCUUCGCCGAAUGUUCAUGCAGGGAGCCGACUUGAAAUCAGCCGAUUACGACACUCGUACGGCUCUCCACGUGGCCGCCGCCGAGGGUAAAAUCAAGGUGUGCAAAUUCCUGAUCAACAUUGUCGGAAUUCCACACGAGACGAAGGACAGGUACUUGUUCUUUCAAACAGUGCCAGCUCACGAUCGUUUCAGAUGGGGACGGUACCCACUGGACGAUGCUCGUCAAUUCAAGCACAAGGAAGUGGCUGCCUAUCUCUUCCGUCUCCAGUAUCCAACGAAGAAGAUGCCCGAUAACUGGUUCGAAGUCGGCGGUGAUCUGCUCGUUUCUGAGCUGGAGAACUGUGCGGACAAGUAUGAAUUGGGGCUUGGGAGAGAGGGUUGCUCGUCGUCAGAGCCAAACAUGGCGAUUGAUUUCAGCUCUAGUGUCGACGACAACGAAGAGGAGGAUUCGGGAGAAGACGAGCUGGGUCACGGUAUAACCGGAAUGCUGACCGACGACCUCGAGAGGCGAGAAUGGGCUCUGCACGCGAACGGAAACAUGGGUGAGUGGGGCGACUUGCAGAUUAACCAAGGACAACUGGCUUUUCAGGUGAAAUCAACUAUCAGCUGGUGCGGAGAAAGUCGCAGAAGGCGCCUCCCACCCCGGAGUUGCCGCCGCCCUCGUUCGGAUAUGGUGCUCUGCCAGGCUCGAAGAGCCAUGAAAAGAAGGCGAACGGCCAACCGAACGGCCACUCGAAUGGACCUUCGCAUGGACCUUCGCACGGACACCCGCAGGGACACCCGCACGGACACCCGCACGGAAACGGACAUCAUCCAACUGGAGCAGGGCACAUCUUCCCGCAUCAUCUGACGCUGAAUGGAGCCGCCGGAGGAGUCAACUCGCGUCGACUAAGCUCGCCGAACGAGCAGGACGAAGAUAAUGUACGUAGGACGCAUUCGCAUCAGGAUUUACUCAAAAAUCUAGAUAUUGAGGCCUGAGGAGUUUUCUUUUUCAUAUUCUACGAGUAGGCAAAUCUACCUCGUUUUCUACAACGAGGUAGAUUUACAUGAUCUUACAAGCAGAACAAUCCUAUCAAGUUUAUUCAUGUUUCCAAGCUGAAUCUCAAGAGUUCGUAGUUAGUUUUCACAUCUUUCUCCCUUUUAGGAGAUUGUCGUGGUUCUAGUAAACCGGACGAGAGAGAUGUUAGAGAAAGCAAGGUCAGUAACUAACGUAUCCCAUAUCCUACUGAUACCAGCUAGUUCUCAAUCAAUUCCUCGGCACCCCACUAAACAAUCUAAUUAGUACUUAUUUAUUACCGUCCGCGUUAAUCCGAUCGCAAACAAACCAACACAGUUGUUUUUCAAAUUUCAGAGGGAAUGA